AUGGCUGGGAGCCAAGACCAUCAGGUGUGGGGUCGCACCGGGGGCAUCUCAGUGGCUGUCCAGGCCCCUCCUGCGCUGGACUACAGGACAGACAUAACUGUCCCUCAGGUCCCUUGCCACCGCUGCUCCUUAGGAGCACCCCAGGAGGAAGGGGGGCUGCCUAGCUCUAGGGUGCUGCCCGCCUGCCUGGACUCCCAUGCCACGGUGGAGACAGCCAUCCGGGUGACCUGCACAGGGUCCUGCGGGGUCUCCAACAAGAUCAAUGAUGCCACGUGGGUGGUGGAGGAGGGCUACUUCAACAGCUCCCUGUCGCUGGCAGACAAGGGGAGCCUGCCCGCUGGCGAGCACAACUUCCCCUUCCAGUUCCUGCUUCCUGCCACAGCACCCACGUCCUUUGAGGGGCCUUUCGGGAAGAUCGUGCACCAGGUGCGGGCCACCAUUGACACGCCUCGCUUCUCUAAGGACCACAAGUGCGGCCGUGUGUUCUACAUCUUAAGCCCGCUGAACCUGAACAGCGUCCCUGACAUCGAGCAACCCAACGUGGCCUCGGUCACCAAGAAGUUCUCCUACAAGCUGGUGAAGACAGGGAGCAUAGUCCUCACGGCCAGCACCGACCUCCGAGGCUACGUGGUAGGUCAGGUGUUGCAGCUGCAGGCUGACAUCGAGAACCAGUCGGGGAAGGACACAGGCCCUGUGGUGGCCAGUCUGCUGCAGAAAGUGUCCUACAAGGCCAAGCGCUGGAUCUAUGACCUGCGGACCAUUGUGGAGGUGGAAGGUGCCGGGGCUAAGGCUUGGAGGCGCUCCGAGUGGAAGGAGCAGAUCCUGGUGCCGGCACUGCCCCAGUCGGCUCUGCCGGGCUGCAGCCUCAUCCACGUGGACUACUAUCUGCAGGUCUCCCUGAAGGCCCCCGAGGCCACUGUGACCCUCCCAGUCUUCAUCGGUAAUAUAGCUGUGAACCACACCCCGUUGAGGGCCCUGCCAGGCUUGGCGUCCCCGCCGUCUCAGGGGGUGCCCUCGGCGCCGCCCCAGGAGGAAGUGGAGGCCGAGGCUGUGGCCGGCGCCCCUCAUUUCAUGGACCCCGUCGUCGCCCUGGCUACCAAGAGCCACUGGCAGCCACCGCUGCCUGCCACCUUCAGUGCCGCGUCUGGCGCCCCCGAACCCUGUGCUCAGGACCGCAGCCCUGCGUCCCACACCCUGCCUCCUCCCUUGUGCAUCUCCACGGGUGCUACGGUCUCCUACUUCGCGGACGGUCCCGGGGGGCCGGUGCCUGCCACCAGCACCCUGAUCCCACCCCCGGCGUACAGCUCGUGGGGCUACCCCCAUGAAGCCCCGCCAUCCUACGAACAGAGCUGCAGCGACGCCGACCUUGGCCAGAGCCCCGGGAGCUGACCACUCUCUCGCUGCCUUCCCAGGCCGCAGGCAGGCCCAAAUCCUCGUGCCUUCUCCCUGGCUCCGCCAGCCCACUCAGGACCCUCGGCUACGCCUCCCGGUCCCUCUCCCCCGGCCGGCGCGCGCUGGGGCGCAAGGAGCGUGACCUGGACCCUCUGGUGUAAAUA